AUGCCUCUGGUGUGGCUGCCGGACUGGAGCUGCUCCCUGGAUGGGCUGCGGGAUUUCAUCGCCGCCGGCAUCCAGUCGUUCCGGGACUGCGACGGCGGCGCGCUGCUGGCCGUGGGCUGCCUGCUGCUGCUCUUUGUCUGGUACUGCUACCACGUGGGCCGCGAGCAGCCCCGCGCCUUCCCCCCCGUCAACGCGUUGAUGCAGGGCGCCGAGGCCAACGGUGUGCAGAACGGCUUCGUCUAUUGCCACGCGCCCGAGUGCGCGCGCUGCUCGCCCCACGAUGGCCUCAACCAGAAGCUCUACCACAACCUGCAGGAGUACGCCAAGCGCUACUCGUGGUCCGGCAUGGGCAGGAUCCACAAGGGCAUCCGUGAGCAGGGCCGCUACCUCAACAGCCGGCCCUCCAUCCAGAAGCCGGAGGUGUUCUUCCUGCCCGACCUGCCCACCACCCCCUACUUCUCACGGGACGCUCAGAAGCACGACGUAGAGGUGCUGGAGCGCAACUUCCAGACCAUCCUGUGCGAGUUUGAGAGCCUCUACAAAGCGUUCUCAAACUGCAGCCUCCCGCAAGGAUGGAAAAUGAACAGCACGCCCAGCGGGGAGUGGUUCACCUUCUACCUGGUGAACCAGGGCAUGUGCGUGCCCAGGAACUGCAGGAGAUGCCCACGGACUUACCGCUUGCUCGGCAGCCUUCGCACCUGCAUUGGCAACAAUGUCUUUGGGAACGCUUGCAUCUCCGUGCUGAGCCCGGGCACCGUCAUCGCCGAGCACUACGGCCCCACCAACAUCCGCAUCCGCUGCCACUUGGGUCUGAAGACCCCCAGCAACUGCGAGCUGGUGGUGGGGGGUGAGCCGCAGUGCUGGGCUGAGGGUCGCUGCCUGCUCUUUGAUGACUCCUUCCUGCACACCGCCUUUCAUGAAGGUCCACCAGAGGAGGGUCCCCGUGUGGUCUUCAUGGUGGACCUGUGGCAUCCCAACGUGGCAGCUGCCGAGCGCCAGGCACUGGAUUUCAUCUUUGCCCCAGGACGCUGAGAUCACCGCCGCGCUGUCAGGGUGAGGGCACCACAGCUCCAGCACCGCCUGUGGACGCUGCCCAGGGCAGAGGCUUCCUCACAGUGCCGGGGUCUCCUCCUGUGGGUCUUGUAAAUGGAACCUUCGACGUGUAUCUGUGGCAUCUCUCUCCUUCCAUCAAGGCUUCAGGGAUUAUUUUCCACCAUGGCGGUGCAUUGCCUUCUCUCCGUGGUUAGAUGCAGUCCCACUCCCAUCCGUGUUAUGUUGCUCGUGUUUUGCAGUGUUCAGAAGUAGAGUUACAAGGGUGUUUGUUUGAAUGUAAUAAUGUAAAGUUUCCUGUGGUCACCAAAAGGACAACGCUCACAUGGCCAAGACAGCAAAGCGGGGCGAAGUGCUGCGCUCAGCCUGCCCCUGCCCAGCUUGCAGCCCCCAUGCUGACAGAUGGAUGGACAGACAGAGGGCUGCAGUGGCACCACAAUGGGACAGCACCCCAUGGGAUGGUACCGUGAUGCCCGCUGGCUUGGCUUCCCAUUGCCCAGGCAGCACACCCACCCUGCUGAAGGGACGGUGCACGGCCAGCCCUGCUCUGUAACCUCACCUGAGGUGUUACCAAUGCCUAAGUGUCCUCCCUGCUUUACCUGCAACCCUUGGUUCUCACAAGUCGAAGCCAGGAUGCCCGCAGGGGCAGGUGGCAGUUCAGAGGGACUCUGGUUUGCCGCAGAGAGGGCAGAGAGGAGUGGCAGCCAGCCCUCCUGCUGCUGCUCAUCCCUAUCCCACAGCCAGGGCUGGGAUGCAGAGCCCACGCAGCUGAGAGCACAGCAAAGGUUUCCAGGCUCAGCAUCACCCUCCUCCCAGCCCUUCCUAGGGACACAACUGCACUCGUGAACGAUUUCUUUACAGAUUUUUCAGAUUGCAAGAUAAGGCAGAGAUUUCAAAUACAUCUGAGAUAUUUUUUACACCUGUCUUGUUACAGAAUAUCUGAAGUGCAUGAUUUCUACACGCAUUGAUUAUUUGGAAAGAGGCUCUGAGGAAGCAGGCUGGCUUGGUAACUGUCCGACAGUUUGGUAACAUUCCUACAGUGGAUAAGUAAAGAUUAUCAAUAAACCGUUGU